AUGACUUACACUCUUUACGAUGCUACUGUCCCUCUCUUCGUUGACAGCCUCAACACAUUGCUCGCCAUUUUAGACAAGGCUGAAGAACAUGCCGCCGAGAAGAACAUCGACAUUUCGUUACUCCUCCAGGCAAAGCUGGCAGAGGACAUGCAUCCACUUAUCUUUCAAUACCACGUGGCUACCGAUACCGCUAUGAAGACCGUCACACGUAUCAUUAACGUCGAGCCGGAACCCUAUACCAACGAUCUCAAGAAUGUCUCGGAUCUGCGUGGCAGGGUCAACCAUACGAUUGACCUUAUCAAGGCCGCCAGCAAAGAUGCCUUUGAAGGCCGCACAAACGCUCUUAUACCUCUUGCCUUUCCUCAUCUUGAGGAGGACCUUCAGAUGAAGGCCGUCGACUACAUCCGCGCCUACAGCAUUCCGAACUUUUUCUUCCACGUCCAGACCGCUUACUGCAUCUUGCGUUCCCAAGGCGUGCAGUUGGGGAAAGCUGACUUUCUCGGCGCUUCUAUUGGCCCUUUCCUCGAGCAACAUCAAAAACAGCACCAAAAGUAG